GCCGCCGGCCUCCGAGACGCGCCGCCCUGACAGUUUGAGUUUACUUUUUGUCUUAGUUGGCAACGCGGAAGGAUGUCGGAGACCGCGCCAGUCGCUCCUGUGGCUCCCGCACCCGCAGAGAAAGCACCUGUAAAGAAGAAGGCGAAGAAGAGCGGCGCUGCCGCCGGGAAGCGCAAGGCGUCCGGGCCGCCGGUGUCCGAGCUCAUCACCAAGGCCGUGGCCGCCUCCAAGGAGCGCAGCGGCGUGUCCCUGGCCGCGCUCAAGAAGGCGCUGGCGGCCGCCGGCUACGACGUGGAGAAGAACAACAGCCGCAUCAAGCUGGGCCUCAAGAGCCUGGUGAGCAAGGGCACCCUGGUGCAGACCAAGGGCACCGGCGCCUCGGGCUCGUUCAAGCUCAACAAGAAGGCGGCGUCCGGGGAGGCCAAGCCCAAAGCCAAGAAGGCGGGCGCGGCCAAGCCCAAGAAGGCUGCCGGGGCGGCCAAGAAAGCCAAGAAGGCCACCGGGGCCGGCACUCCCAAGAAGAGCGCCAAGAAGACCCCGAAGAAGGCGAAGAAGCCCGCGGCGGCGGCGGGCAAGAAAGUGGCCAAGAGCCCGAAGAAGGUGAAAGCGGCCAAACCCAAGAAGGCGGCCAAGAGCCCCGCCAAGGCCAAGGCCCCGAAGCCCAAAGCGGCCAAGCCCAAAGCUGCCAAGCCUAAGGCGACAAAGGCAAAGAAAGCUGCGCCUAAGAAGAAGUGAAGGUUGUAGCGGUAUGUCCUCCCUCCGAGUUCUCAAAGGCUCUUUUCAGAGCCACCCAACUAUUUCAAGCGGAAGAGCUUAACUGGUAUCUGUAAGGUACUUUUUCUGUUUCGUCUUAACCCUCAUCCGUCGUCAGCCUUAGUUUCUCUCCUCCCCUCUUGUUCAAAUACUCCCGCCGGAGCAUGUGAUUGGUCCGCGGCUUUCGAAUUCAGUGGCUCUAGAGGGACCUGCCGCCUCUCCUUGCAAUUCUAAUCUGUAAGCUCCUGUCACUGGGGCUACAGUUCUCGAGAAGUUUGGUGGCUCUGAGAAGAGAACCUUUCACUGUUUGGGGCAGGGACCGUGAGUGGGUAACUCCUCACUUGCCCUAAGCUUUGGGGUGGUUCUCGGUCUUCUUGGGCAGGACGCCGCCCUGCGCGAUGGUGACGCGGCCCAGCAGCUUGUUGAGCUCCUCGUCGUUGCGGAUGGCCAGCUGCAGGUGGCGCGGGAUGAUGCGCGUCUUCUUGUUGUCGCGGGCCGCGUUGCCCGCCAGCUCCAGGAUCUCGGCCGUCAGGUACUCCAGCACGGCCGCCAGGUACACCGGCGCGCCGGCCCCCACCCGCUCGGCGUAGUUGCCCUUGCGGAGCAGGCGGUGCACGCGGCCCACCGGGAACUGCAGCCCGGCCCGCGACGAGCGCGUCUUGGCCUUGGCGCGAGCCUUGUCGCCCAGUUUCCCGCGCCCACACGUGUUUAGAGAAGGGGCUGUUGUGUAAAAAGCCGGUCUGAAGAAGGGGCUAUUAUAGUCACUGGAUGUUUCCUAAUGUUUCUUUCCCAUUGGUUUGCAGAUGUUGUUCCGAGUUAGCCAAUCAGAAGGUACUCUUGACUGGCUCUGCCCCCAGUGGUAGAAAAAUACUGCGUCAGUUAGAGGUUGACAUUAAAACUUGUAUAUGUUGUGGAGCAGUAGAAAAUCUUGUUUUUUUGUUUUUGUUUUUGUUUUUUUCCCCCUUGGUUAGUUUGAGGCCUCCUUUGGGGCACUAUUCACGCUAUUCUCCUCUAAAGCUGAAUAAUUAUUUAGCACCCCGAGGCUAAGGAACAUUAAAAAGUGUAAAAGUCUUCUCUGGAGGUUUGUUAUUCAUCCUCUCUGCCAGAUUUCCUUCCCCUGGAUUGCUGAGAGGUCCCAGGGAGGCAUGGUUGGUUUGAAUUAUUUAUGCCGAAUAAUGAAAGAAUAGAAAGGGUGAAACGCAAUAAAAGAAAAAUCUCUGGGAGUCUGCGUGGUUUUUUAGAAAGUUCCCGGAGUUGGAGUUGCGGUGACCAGAACAAAAUAUUUGGAUUCUACAUGGGUUGAUCUUCCACGAGGGCCGAGGCCCGUUGUGACUUAACUACUUCACAAGCCCUUUGGAAUGCCUCAGACACAGCUAAGUAUGAUUUAAUCAAGGUCCUAGUUUUUCUAUGGUUUCCGUAUAUUCGUAUUCGGAUUCCCUUCCCUGGGACAGGAGAGGGUUUUCACAGGCAUCAGAACUUAUUUCAACCUUUUUCCAUCUCCCCCAAUUUUUGUUACAGCUAACGUCCUGGGUACGGAAGACCACCGCUGUCUUAGUGUUCUGCACCCAGAGGACGAGGGAACAGGAAGCUCAUUCCCAGUCACCGUGUUUCAUCACUGACCACGUCCCUGGGACGGUCUCCCUUGAGGGUCUCUUGAAAUGCUCAUGCUUGGGUUUCUGAUGCUCUCUUGGUGAACCAAGAUGGUCUGUCCGUUAUUGUUGCAAAAGCCCAGGUUUAGAACAACCUGAGAGAUUGACACUUACAGAUGGCAAAUAUCAGACAGGAGCCCCUGUGAGUUGUUCUCUCAGAAGCACACAACCAGUCAAUCAAUCAAUCAAUCAAUCAAUAUAAAUACAAUUUUCAGGACCAGUCUGAAGUAACCACUUUCUCCUUCUGCUUAGUAAUUGCCUGACUUCUUAUAACGGGAGGCGGCACACUGAAUUCCUGUCACUGUAUUGAGGCCCCAAUUGUUCCUGUCACUCAGUCACUAAAUCAGGUUGAUGUUUAUUUAGAGUCUUGGUAAGUGAUCUUUCCGCCUUUCUCACAUGCUCUCUGUAUCUUCUCCGGCUUGGGAUGAUUCUACUGUUUCCCACCCAGGGUCCUAAUUCUAAUUUCUCCAGCCCCGAACUCUGCAAUUCUGGUCAUUCUGUGAUCUGUCUUACGCAUAGGGUGACUGGCUUCCCAUUGCCUUAGGUUCAGGUGGGAACUUUGCAGUCAAAUUUUUUUUUCAUAAUAAUACUUUCUGCUUGCAUUAACUAGCACUAAUAACAACUCACAUUUUCUUUUCAGUGCCUUCUCAUUUGUUCUUUUGUUUUUCUUUUUCUUUUUUUAAACACCUUUCUUCACCUGCCAUUCUCUCCUCUCUGCCUAGGAGAGUUUUCCCAAUUCCAUUUCAAGUUCCAUCUCCUUGAAUAAAUUCCUCUAAUUAACAUGUCUAGCCUCUGAUAAUGUGCUUUGAUGACAUUUAACAAUUGGGUGCCAUUAUUAUCAGUGGCAAAUUUAUAAUGCUUCUAUUCUUUUCUCUCAUUAAACUACACCUUAGGGCCUCAGUCAUGGUUUUCCACUACUCUAAGGUUUGUGUUUUUAAUUGACUAAGGUUUUUUGUUGUUGUUGUUGUUUUUCCCCCAUAAGUGUUCUUUUUAAUCCUCAUUCUCGAUUUAACCCAUUACCCCCCGCCUCUGGUAACCACCAGUUGGUUCUCUAUAGUUAAGAGUCUGCUUCUUGGUUGGUCUUUCUUUCUUUUUUCCCUUUUGUUCAUGUUUUGUUUCUUGAAUUCCACAUGUGAGUGAAAUCAUAUGGUAUUUGUCUUUCUCUGACUUAUUUCGCUUAGCAUUAUACUCUCUAGUUCCAUCCAAGUUGUUGCCAAAUGGCAAGAUUUCCUUCUGUUUUUAUGGCUGAAUAAUAUUCCAUUGUCUAUAUACCACAUCUACUUUAUUCAUUCAUCUAUCCAUGGACACCUGGGCUGCUUUCAUAGUUUGGCUAUUGUAAAUAAUGCCGCAAUAAACAAAGGAAUGCAUAUACCCCUUUGAAUUAGUGUUUUUUAAAAAAUCUUGUGGAUAAAUACCCAGUAAUGUGAUUAUUGGGCCUUAAGGGAGUUCUAUUUUUAACCUUUUGAGGAACCUCCAUACUGUUUUCCACAGUGGCUGCACUAAUCUGCAUUCCCACCAACAGUGCGUGAGGGCUCCUUUUUCUCUACAUCCUAGCCAGCACCUGUUGAUUCUGGUGUUUUUGAUUUUAGCCAUUCUGCCAAGUGUGAGGCGAUAUCUCAUUUUAAUUGACUGAGUUUUUAAUCCUGUCCAAUAGGUGGGAUUAUCCCCAGAUAUUAAUCAGAAUUAGUAAUUUUAUUUUCUGUCUUUCUAUGAAGGAAGCCAAGAGUAAUAAAUCUCUCUGCCCCUUUUAUGCCCCUCUUCCCCAUGGCUUGACUUAGGUAUUACCUCCCUUACUUUCUGACUCGUGCUAUGCUGCCGAAGGUGUUGGGGUUACUACAAAAAGAAAACCAAAAAUAUUUAUAAUGCUUUCAUGGCAAAACAAUCUCCAGAUAUAAAAAAUCAAUAUCCCUCUGCUGCCAGUUGCGGUAGGAAGUGUAUGCAAAAUGAAAUAAAAUUUCUGAAUUGUCUUGAUUUUAGCUAUCAUUUCCAUGAGAGAAAGUUCCUGGUCAUUCGGAGAUUAUACAGUGAAAAAAAGUGAUGUAGUUUCAGGCAACCAGAUAAACCCGAAAUGCAUAUACGACUUAAUUACCAGUAGGUACAUAUGAAAUGUGACCUGAGUCAUAAUUUGUGAUCUUUCUCCAAUAAAAUAAAAAUUCAUUAAAA